AUGACUACAAGCCUGGAAGACAUGGAAGGUCAUCAACAUCUGUCGGGUGCUUUGGCUGAGACGCCGCCGAUCUCGCUGCCUAUGAAUACCAGCGCUGGUGUCUCUGGCAUGGACAUGGACCCAGUUGCCGAGGAUUGGUUGCUUGACCCCGUGCAGAGCUUUACAGAUUUUGUAAACACCAUGGGCCUCAGUUCGGACUGGAGCAUGUUUGCAUCCCCAGAAAUCGAAAGCGAUCGGGACCCCUGUUCACAAACAACCGACGGAGUCUCUAUACCUACACUGGUCGCGACGGGCACAGAGCCUCAACGGCGUGAUUCCCAACUGGCCCUGGCACAAGGCGAAGAGGAACCGACGGCGUAUAUUGGUAUGGGGCCCUCCCAACAAUGGAACGUCACGCAAUCCCAGUAUGCCCUCCUCCUCAAAGACAUUGAGCAGUUCCGCGCGGUUGUUCCGGAGUUUGUCCUGCCCUCCCGCCAUGCCCUCACCAGGUACAUCUCGGGAUAUUUCGACGGCUUCCAUAACCAUCUGCCCUUUAUGCAUGUGCACACAUUCAGCCUGGCCGAGUGCGCCCUCGAGUUCAUCCUAGCGAUUGCCGCGGUCGGUGCUCAGUACAGGUUUGAGAGCCACGUGGGCUUGUCCCUGUUCGAUGCUGCGAAGGCCGUGUCGAUGGAGCAAGCGCGCCGACGAACACGCAAGUACGCCGCAGAGGUGGUUAGCUCGAGGUUAACGAACCCCCUUCAGCCCAGACAGUCUUAUAAUCUUAGCGAGAAGUCCAAGUGGAGCCGUCUCCAGACGUGUCGGGCCCUACUGCUCCUGAUCGUCUUUGCCACCUGGGAUGAUGACCCGGAACUGCUGCGUGAGGCCAUUGGCUUCCAGACGGUUCUCGCGGGGUGUCUGCGGGAAAGUACGCUCGCCGAGCAUACAAAUAACGCCGGUGCUACAAGCUGGCACGAAUGGGCGAAGGUCGAAGGCGACCGCCGUCUUAAACUCGUGGUGUUCUGCUACCUGACGCUGCAGGCAAUCGUGUACGAUAUCCCGCCCACCAUCCUCAACGACGAGAUCAACCUGCGGCUCCCGUGCGCCCCUGUUCUGUGGAGCGCGAGCUCUCCAGACGAGUGGGCGCGGAUCAAAGGGCUGAUUGAAGACCGCCAGCCGCUUUUCCAAGACGCCUUGUCGUCGUUGUUGAAAGACCCGUUCGAAUCCCACACCUCCCAAACGUGCUGUGCUUCACCGCUGGGUAACUUCGUUCUCAUCCAUGCCCUUCUGCAACGCCUCUUCAUGGUUCAGCAGGUGGCUCGAGCAGCGCCCUCCCCUUCCAUCGACAGCCUACGAGCGCAACUAGAAUGCGCCCUUCACCGGUGGAAGCUCGCCUGGCAACAAGCGCCAGAGUCCAGUCUCGACCCGCAGAAUCCGAGCGGCCCUAUCCCGUUCACUUCGACGGCGUUCCUGGCGCUCGCGCACGUCCGCCUGGUCUGCGAUCUGGGUCCGCACCGAGCGCUGAGCUCGCGCGAUCCAGCUCGCAUCGCGGCGGCUCUCGCGCAGCUCCCGCCGGUGGAUCGCAGUCACGGCCAGUGCCUUGUGCCGGCGCUUCUGCAUUCAGCGCAUGCGCUCAGUAUCCCGGUCAAGUUGGGCGUGGACUUUGUGGCGCGGAGCCAGCAUUUCUUCUGGAGUGUGCAGCAGUGUGUUUGUAGCUUGGAAUGCGCGGUGUUUCUGGGCCGCUGGCUUUACCAGAUAGGGUAUUCUGGGGACGGUUAUCCGUUAUCUGAAAGCGAGCAUCGUCUGCUCCUGUGGAUUAGGUGUAUUGUCGCGGAGGUACCGAUACCCUCGAACUCAGGUACAGAGCUUGACCCCUUCGAACUCGGCUUAUCCGUUGUUCGGAUAUGGGCCCGGAUCUUCAAAGGCAACACCAGUUGGAGGCUGGUGAAUAUCCUUGGGGAGAGCCUGGAAAUGCUUGCGGGAAUGAUGCAGAGUGGUUCCAAGUGGACUGCGCUUACAGAUAAUACCCUCGGUGAGCCGGGCCAGUCAUAG